AGAAAAGUCCAUUACUGUCAUUGCCAUCGUCCCUUUCUAGAUCGAAUCCAGAAAUCAAACACCGGCCAACUGGAGAAGAAGAAGAAGAAGAAAGACCUAACUACUUACUUAGGUUCUCUCUCUAUCCGCCAUUGUUGACUUCCAAUUUCAUCUUAAACCACCUGCAUUUCCCUUCUCACUUCCCCUUCUCCACUAUCUAGGGUUUCCAACUUCACUUAUUUUUCAAAUUCAAAUCAACAAUGCAGGUUCGCACUCUUCUUUUAUUCUCAUGUUCUAUCGUUUCUACGUAAAUCAAAUCUAUUAUGAACUGUGCUGAGUCGGAGGCAAGGGAGGUGUUAGGUCCGGCUGGGAAUAAGACAACGCCGAUUAAUAAUAAUACACGAAGUCAGGUCUCGAAACCGCUAAGGAAAGUGGAGAAGACGAAGGAAUUGAAUGAUGUUAAGACGAAGAAAGUUGUUGUUAAUACAAUGGGAGCUUCACAGUGUUUCACUUCACCGCCGGUUGUGAAGCAACAUGAACAUAAGCUGUUAAGGUCGAAUUUGUCGCUUAAUGCGUCGUGCUCGUCGGAUGCAUCGACGGAUUCGUGGCAUAGUCGUGCUUCGACUGGGAGGUUAAAGAGUUUGACUCCGACUGCAAUGCGGAGGAAGCAAAACAGUCCUAAGUCGGAGAAGUUUGAUAAACUCAUCGCAGAUGCUGAUUCUUCACCGGUUAAAAGAAGGUGUGCUUGGGUGACACCAAAUACUGAUCCAUGCUAUUCAGCCUUCCAUGAUGAAGAAUGGGGUGUCCCGGUACAUGAUGACAAGAGGCUGUUUGAACUGCUGAGCUUUUCGACAGCUCUGGCCGAACUUACAUGGCCUGCUAUACUCAACAAAAGGCAUGCUUUCAGGGAGGUAUUUGUGGAGUUUGAUCCGAAUGCUGUGUCAAAAAUAAAUGAGAAGAAGUUUGUGAUGGCAGGAUGCCCAGCGAAUUCACUUCUGUCAGAACUAAAGCUGCGUUGCAUUAUCGAGAAUGCACGACAGAUGUGCAAGAUAAUAGAAGAGUUUGGGACGUUUGACAAGUAUAUAUGGGGGUUCAUAAACAACAAAACGAUAGUUGGACAGUUUCGAUAUGCUCGUCAGGUGCCAAUAAAGACAUCGAAAGCAGAUGCGAUAAGCAAGGACUUAGUGAGAAGAGGGUUUAGAGGUGUGGGGCCGACAGCAGUAUACUCGUUUAUGCAGUGUUGUGGAAUGACCAACGACCAUCUGAUAGGUUGCUUCAGGUUCCAUGACUGUAUUAAUAAUAAUAGUAAUCUAAUUGCUGCUGCUGCUGCUGCUGCUGUCUGUGAUGAGGAGGAUAAGAAGAAAAAGACAAUCAAGAACGAGGAGAUUGACGACCAAGAAGAAGAAGAAGAGGCGAAGAGGAGCGAGCAAGUGGUGGAAGAAGAAGAUCCAUUGGAGCUGCUGGGACUGGUUUGAAUAUCGAUUAUUGUUAUCUCCGAUUGUAACUAACUUGUUUCAUUUUCCUUUGUUUGUACUGUUGUUGUUGUUGUUGUAAUUGGGUGGGCAGGGCAGCAUUGACUGACUAGAGAAGAAAAAGGAAAACUGGUUUCUGUACAAAUGAUGAUGAUGAUUCUUAUUCAGAGUUUCUUUAGUGUUUUUUUUAGUGCUAUUAUU